UUUGCGUCACAGUCGAUAGCGCGCCGGACCUCGGGCUAGAAGGUCGAAGGUUCGAGACCUGCUCCCUGCUGUUUCAUUAAGUUCAUUACAAUAAUAAUACAUGUUCAACCGCUUUAACAACUGUCCACUGAUUGGUGGAAACGUUGCAAAUAUCCCGCGAGUUUUAAAUUGAUUGACAGCUCUAGAGCACUGGUCGACGUUCGUCUUCGAAGUCCACUCAACUAGAAGUCCAUCGUGAAAACAGAUGCUCGACGGUGAAAAAAGUCAAGACCUCAACUAUCAUUAGCUGUCAAGACUUCACCCUAGCUAGGCUAAUCCUAACCAAGAGCUGAAAGGCAGGGGAAAAGAUGUCAGUGGUUCAGAUGGUGAAGAUCGUGGGUCUGGGGGCUGUGGCCCUCACUCUCAGUGUGGAGUGGUUGGGCUGGCUCUUCUGUCGCCUCUGGCCCCGGAAAAUAUCCAGAGGCCCCCUGAAAGAAGUCUUCUUUUUCCCUACAGAGGUCGCCUGCACGGAGCGUCUCUUCACUCCUAACUCACCAUUCCCCUGCCCCUGUCCUUUACCCCACAACAUCAACACCUCCUUCACCCGUCUCCUGGUCCACAUCCUGUCUGCCUCCUCCUCCUUGGACCUGUGUGUGUUCGCCUUCACCAACCUGGACCUGAGCCGGGCCGUGCUGGCCCUCCACACCAGGGGCAUCCCCAUCCGUAUCCUCACUGACAUGGACUACACCCUCAUCACCGGCUCCCAGAUAGGGGCCAUCCGCAGAGCAGGCAUCUGUGUGAGGUGUGACUCCGGCGCCGUCCACAUGCACCACAAGUUCGCCGUGGUGGACGGCCGGCGCCUAAUCACCGGCUCCCUGAACUGGACGCUGACAGCCAUCCAGAGCAACAAGGAGAACAUCCUGGUCACGGAGGAACCAGACCUAGUCCUGCCCUUCAUCUCCGAGUUCCAGAGGCUCUGGGAUGUCAAUGACCCGGCUAGGAGACACCUGCUGUCCAUCGCUGAGAAACCUGCUAGUACUAUAGAGAGACAGAGAAACACAGAGAAAUGUUUGUAUGGUCAGUAGCUGGUGGUUACUUUUGGUUUACCAACUGGUACGGUGAUUAUGUAGAACGUUUUUUUAAUAUUUUCCAUUUGUAAGAAACCUGCUAGUUUAGUACUAUGGAUAGAAAGGUGUAUGGUCCUUAUCUGGGACAAACCUGUCCAAAUAAAAACAGUAUUUAUAUAAGUGUAGUGUGGUACAUUAGGAUUGGGCAGUACUGGUCAAGUACAUGAUGUAUAAUUUGGGUAGUUUGCUAUCUAGUAGUUUUAUAUUUUUUUCAAUCUCAGAUAAACCUGCUCAUCCACAUCUUAUCAGAGAAACCAGCUUUCUUUGUCAUGUAGAUAGACUGAGAGAAACAUGGCUUUCAUCUGUAGUUUCCUACUUCAGUAGAAGUAAUAUAUUUCUGACAGAUCAAUCGCUGCUUUAGACUGGUGUGGGGAUGAUGUAGAAUGGGUAGUUUGAUAUUUUGUACUUGAACGUUUUUUAUAGUUUUACAUUGUUUACAUUGAGGUAUUUUGUUAUUGUACACAAUGUUGUAUAUAUUUUAAUACAAAGUAAUUCAAAUUGUUGUUUUUUUGUUUAAUGUUAUAUUGGAUAACUAAAAGAUACAAAUUCCUAUGUUAAAUGCUAUAUUUAAAAUAAGAUUUGAUUACAGUAUUUUGAUAGAAAUAGUGAGAAUACUUCAUGUUAACUCAGUCCAUCCUAUGGCUUAUCAUUAAGAACCAGACAACUAUGCCUAGUCAGAACAAUUGCACUGAGAGAUAAGUGGUGCAUUGCAGUCACGCAGAAGAUAUUUGUAAUGCUUCUCAGAGCACACCGCUCAAAUUAAAAAUCCACUCUACUG